AUGGAGAAGGCAACUAUAGACAACAAGAAUGUUGUGGCAGUGAAGAAACUUCUUGUACGGCAUGGUAGAGCAAGACUAGAAUUUGACAAUGAGGUUAAACUCAUGAGUAGCGUCCGCCACCGUAAUCUUGUCCGUGUUCUUGGUUGGUCCAGUGAAGGUCCAGAGCUCCUUUUGGUCCUAGAAUACAUGCCGAAUGGUAGUCUUGACAAAUUCUUGUGGGGUGAAGCGAAAGGAAGAUUGAACUGGAAACAAAGAUUUAAUAUCAUAUUUGGGAUCGCUCGGGGUCUUGCACAUUUACACCAUGAAUUCCAUGUCAAAAUCAUUCAUAGGGAUAUAAAGUCAGCAAACAUUCUCAUUGAUGAUGACUUCCAACCCAAAAUUGCAGACUUCGGAUUGGCUAGGUUUCAACAAGAAGGUCAAUCCCAUGUUAGCACUAAAUUUGCUGGGACCUUGGGUUAUACUGCACCAGAAUAUGCAACACAUGGACACUUAUCAGACAAGGUAGAUACGUAUAGCUUUGGUGUCGUGACCCUUGAAAUCAUAAGUGGUCGAAGAUGCAAUGAUGUGAACUCCCAAAGAUCGGACGUUUGUUACCUCCUUGACGAUGCAUGGAAGUUUUAUGAGAACAACAUGCAUCUGAAGGUCAUUGAUGAAAAUUUAAAUCUGACAGAGAGUGAACAAGAACAUGUCAAGAAGAUUAUUGAAAUUGCUUUAAAGUGCACUCAAUCACCAGUUAGCAUAAGACCAGCCAUGUCUGAAGUUGUUAUAAUGAUUUCAAAUGAAAGAUCUUUCGUGCGAAUAAAUUGAGGCAGCAAGUCUAUUCUCGAUAAAAUAAAUUGAAGGAGGCUAUUCUAGAAACUCUAGGUGUUCAAAAAUAUUAGAAGGAAAUACGCGGAACAUGGGCAGCAGUUUUUGCCCAAGAUGAUCUUGUAGACAUGAUAAAAAAUAUCUUCUUAUGCU